UUCACCCAGUUAUUCAUAUAUCUACGGGCGAAUUGUUGCCAGGACAUCUAAGCUUCAAGAUCACUCGAAAUAUUUUAUAUCCAAAUUAUUACGUUAACAAUUAUCGCAAAAAAAUGUUACAUAUAAUAACGAAACGUGUACCAUUGCGGGGAACGAUGAUUAUUACUCAACGGAUGUUCGGUGCGCAAACUUCAAACGGAGCUGCUAGUCAACCUGCCGUGAACAUCAACGUUCAAGGUCUCAGUGAGAAUUGUGUCAAAGUCCCAAAUACUCCUGUGGGACCGAAUGCUGCAAAGCAGGAAGAAUACAAGAAUCCUGAGUAUUUCUGCUAUCAUGUGGACACAAUCGGAGAGGCUGAGGUAGAAUUAGAAAAAUAUAGAUUACCAGUGCCGUCUAACAGGAGGUAGUUUCACAGAUAGAGAAAUCAGGAGAAUGAAGUCAUACAUUGGUUAAGUUCCUCCAGCUUGUUUUAUGCUAAAUAUGAUUGUAGACAUCAUCAACUGUUUGUAGUCAAAUCUUGUAUUUAAGACUGUCUCAAAUUCAUCUUUAAAUGCUUCGUAGCUGAUGAAACAACAUCCACACAACAUCUGAAUGUGAACUUGAAGUGAUUUUAAAUAUAAAAUGUGACUGUAAA